CCGCCUCCCCUCCGCGUCUUCUCCGCCGCCUCCCCUCCGCGUGUCCUCCGCCUCUCCUUCGUCAGCCCCCACCCGCCCAGGCCGAGACGCCCGGCGGGCAGGAAGCGGCCCCUCCCCGCUAGCCAGAGGCCGGCUGCCUGCCUCUGCUCUGCAGCUCCCUCCCUGGGAGCCUUAGAGGCCUCCAUGGCUUCACCCACCGCCACCAACCCAGCUCACGCCCACUUCGAGAGCUUCCUGCAGGCCCAGCUGUGCCAGGACGUGCUGAGCAGCUUCCAGGGGCUAUGCGAGGCCCUAGGGCUAGAGCCUGGUGGGGGGCUACCCCAGUACCACAAGAUCAAGGCCCAGCUCAACUACUGGAGUGCCAAGUCGCUCUGGGCCAAGCUGGACAAGCGAGCAGGCCAGCCUGUCUACCAGCAGGGCCGGGCCUGCGCCCACACCAAGUGCCUGGUGGUGGGUGCUGGACCUUGUGGGCUGCGGGCUGCUGUGGAGCUGGCCCUGCUGGGGGCGCGUGUGGUGCUGGUGGAGAAGCGCACCAAGUUCUCUCGCCACAACGUGCUGCACCUCUGGCCCUUCACCAUCCACGACCUCAGGGCCCUCGGCGCCAAGAAGUUCUAUGGGCGCUUCUGCACAGGCACCCUGGACCACAUCAGCAUCCGGCAGCUUCAGCUGCUUUUGUUGAAAGUGGCAUUACUGCUCGGGGUAGAAGUUCACUGGGGUGUCACUUUCACCGGCCUCCAGCCCCCUCCCAAAAAGGGGAGUGGCUGGCGUGCCCAGCUCCAGCCCAGCUGCCCAGCCCAACUGGCCAACUAUGAAUUCGAUGUUCUCAUCUCUGCUGCCGGAGGUAAAUUCGUCCCUGAAGGCUUCACAGUGCGAGAAAUGCGUGGCAAGCUGGCCAUUGGCAUCACGGUCAACUUUGUGAAUGGCCGCACAGUGGAAGAGACGCAAGUGCCCGAGAUCAGUGGCGUGGCCAGGAUCUACAACCAGAGCUUCUUCCAGAGUCUGCUCAAAGCCACAGGCAUUGAUCUGGAGAACAUUGUGUACUACAAGGAUGAUACCCACUACUUUGUGAUGACAGCCAAGAAGCAGUGCCUGCUGCGGCUGGGGGUGCUGCGUCAGGACUGGCCGGAGACCGACCGGCUGUUGGGCAGCGCCAAUGUGGUGCCCGAGGCUCUGCAGCGCUUUGUCCGGGCAGCUGCUGACUUCGCCACCCAUGGCAAGCUGGGGAAGCUGGAGUUUGCCCGGGACGCCCACGGGCGGCCUGACAUCUCUGCCUUUGACUUCACAAGCAUGAUGCGGGCCGAGAGCUCUGCUCGAGUGCAGGAGAAGCAUGGCGCCCGCCUGCUGCUGGGGCUGGUGGGGGACUGCCUGGUGGAGCCCUUUUGGCCCCUGGGCACUGGCGUGGCUCGGGGCUUCUUGGCAGCCUUUGAUGCCGCCUGGAUGGUGAAGCGGUGGGCUGAGGGUGCUGGGCCCCUAGAAGUGUUGGCAGAGCGGGAGAGCUUGUACCAGCUCCUCUCACAGACCUCCCCAGAAAACAUGCACCGCAACGUGGCGCAGUAUGGGCUGGACCCCACCACCCGCUACCCCACCCUGAACCUCCGGGCUGUGACUCCCAAUCAGGUACAAGACCUGUAUGACGUGGUGGCCAAGGAGCCUGUGAGGAGGAACAGUGACAAGAUAGACGGAGGAAAGCCAGCCACAGGGGCGGCAGGCACCCAGGAGGAAUUGCUGCGCUGGUGCCAGGAGCAGACGGCCGGGUACCCAGGCGUCCAUGUCACCGACCUGUCCUCCUCCUGGGCUGACGGGCGGGCUCUGUGCGCCCUGGUGCACCGGCUGCGGCCCGGCCUACUGGAACCCUCAGAGCUGCAAGGGCUGGGGGCUCUGGAAGCGACUGCUUGGGCGAUAAAGAUGGCAGAGCAUGAGCUGGGCAUCACGCCCGUGCUGUCCGCAAAGGUAGUGGUGGCAGGGAGUGACCCACUGGGCCUCAUCGCAUACCUCAGCCACUUCCACAGCAUCUUCAAGAAUGUGCCCCCCAACCCGGGUGGCCUGGAGGGCCCUACCAGCCAAGGCUUUCCAGGGACCUCCAGUGCUGUGCUGUUCCUUGGAAAACUGCAGAGGACCCUGCAACGGACCCGGGCCCAGGAAAAUGGGGAGGAUACCGGUGGCAAGAAGCCACGCCUGGAGGUAGAAGCUAACAGCCCCAGUGUUGAGGAGCCACCUGCCCCAGAUUGUGGCGUACCCCCGACACCCCCAUCCCAAAACCAGGAGCUGACCUGGACUCCAGCUGACCCUGUGGUCUGGGGGCCGGUGCAGGCUGGUGCCGGGGACCUGUGUGCACUCUGUGGGGAACACCUCUAUAUCCUGGAACGCCUCUGUGCCGAAGGCCGUUUCUUUCAUCGGAACUGCUUCCGCUGCCACACCUGUGAGGCCAUGCUGUGGCAGGGUGGCUAUGGGCAGCACCCAGAAGAUGGACAUUUCUACUGCCUCCAGCACCUGCCCCAGACAGGCCACAAAGAAGAUGGCACUGACCCAGGCCCCGAGAGUCAGGACCUCCCCACACUGGCUGAAAAUAGCGUGCCAUCGGGGCCCUCAACUUCUGUCAUCCCCCAGGAGGCGACCAGUCCUGUCCCAGACCCCAGCCAGCCUACCCGUCGGCUGAUCCGCCUCUCCAGCCCAGAACGCCAGCAGCUGUCCUCCCUUAAUCUUACCCCUGAACCAGAACUGGAGCCUCCACCCAAGCCUCCCCGCAGCUGCGCGGCCUUGGCCCGCCAGGCCCUGGAGGGCAGCUUUGUGGGUUGGGGAGUGCCAGGCCAGAGCCCCCAAGUGGGUGUGCCCAUGGAGGAGGAGGAGGAACAGAGUCCCUCUUCCAGUGACGAGGAAAAGGAGGCAGAGGAAACGGUGGCUUUGGACUCAGACACGGAGCAGGCUCUGCUGACCUUGGCCAAGAACUCAGGCACCAUGAGCAAGUACCCAACAUGGCGUCGGACUCUGAUGCGCAGGGCUAGGGAGGAGGAGAUGAAGCGGUUCUGCAAGGCCCAGGCUGUCCAGCGGCGACUAAAUGAAAUCGAGACUGCUCUGGGGGAGCUGGAGGCUGAGGGCACGAAGGUGGAGCUGGCCCUGAGAAGCCAAAGCGCAUCGCUAGAACAGCAAAAGUCGCCGUGGCUGGAACAGUGGCUGCAGCUUGUUCAGAAGAAGAACAACCUACUGGCGGAGGAGGCCGAGCUCAUGCUCACGGUCAAAGAGCUGAACCUGCAGGAGCAGCAGCUGCAGCUGGACCAGGAGCUGCGAGGCUACAUGAACCAGGAAGGAACCCUAAAGACCCCUGCCGAUCGGCAGGCAGAGGACCAGCUUCUGAAGAAGCUGGUGGAUGUGGUGAACCAGCGAGAUGAACUUAUCCGCUUCCAGGAGGAACGCAGGCUCAGUGAGCUGCCCUCGAAGCCGGGCGCCCAGGGCUAAAAGAGGGCAGGCUGCCUGCCCUCUUCCCUACAAGGAAGACCACCUCACCCCAGGACUGUACCACCCUGCUCAGCUGGGCUGCCCGGGAGGGGGCCUCACUGUUUACAAUAAAAAUGUUUCUGCCACA